UUUCCAAGUCUGUAAUAAACUAGUUAAGAGGUAAAUGACGACAGAUAGAAAGGGGGGUGAAAACCUUGCGAUUCGCAAAGCUAGAGGCGUUGAAACAUGAAAAAGAUUCAAACCUACCUGCUGUCGAGUUACUUCAAAGAAAGACCAAGAAAAGCGUUUUUCUGAAAUUUACAAAUAAAUAUAAGAAUGUCAACACGGUUCCCCAGGGGAGCGGACAGGACAGCCAGCCAGUUGCCUUGCUGUUCUGCUGGCGGUUCUGGGAUUUACAGCAGCAGCAUGUCAUCUCCAGCAAAACAGCAUCCACGUACGCUUACUGACGAAUUCGCAGUCCCCGAGGAGAGACAGAGCUUUCUGGCAUCUGUCAAACCUAAAGUCGAGCUGCUGUUCAGGGUGGAUUUCACAAUCGUGGGCCUGCUGGACCCGGCCGCGGGUCGCGGAAGCAAAGCGGCGAGACAGAUUUGGCUUCAGUUGACGGGGAAGAAGGAAGAUGUAUGGAAGGCCAAGGAAUACAUCAAGGGAGUCUGUAACCCAGAGCUGCAAGAGAUGGAGAAGUACCCCAAGGAUAUGCACUGCAUAUUUGUUGGUGCACAGAAAUUAUUCAUCAACUGCCUCGUACAGGACACAAGCGCCGAUGUGUCUGUGGUGGAGAUGGGCUUGCUGUGCAUUCGUGGUGGGACUGAGGCCGUGGUGAUGGCGCAGAGUCAGAUUCAGCAGUUUGUAAAGCUCUUCGUAGAAAACCAGAGCUUGCCGAGUAAAAAGGAGCCUUUGGUGAAAAGGGCGUUUAAGAAUUUUGUAGAAUCACAUGCUGAUAAGUAUACCAUGGAAUUGCUUCUGUUGCCAAGCUCCCUAAAAGAAGAACUUUUGAGUCUCACCAAGAGCACGGUGCAGCGGGAUACAGGGUUUGAGUUUCUAGACACUUCAGACAAAGUGCAGUCUCACCUGAGGUGCGGAAACAAUGUAUCCUGUAUAGACACAGAAAACCAGCAAGAGGCAGAGAGAGGAAAAGCCUGUACCCCUGUAACAGAACUGUCAAACCAAAUUCUGAACGCCUUUAUCGCAGAGAUUAAAGACGAUCCACAUGUGGAGUCAACAGCGCUGAAGGAGAGACAGUCUUGCAAGAGGAGAUCUUCAGUCAGUGAGGAUCGGGAUACAAAGAGGCAGUUUUCACUUGAAAGCAAAGACAGCACCUAUAGUGUUGUCAAAUGUGACAGCCCCACAUACAUACUCAGCGAUGAGGACAGUGCUAACACUGAUGGCUCAGUCAUUAUGGUAGACAGCAACAUGAACAGUGACGAGGUAGAGGAUGUGAGCCCUGAAACCGAUUACAACUGCCUGGUUAACUUCUUUAAAACCAUGGGGUAUGCCAAGGAGCUUGUGGUUAAAGUCAUCGAGGAGAUGGGCCAAAGGGAGGAACCUCUUGUGCUUCUCAAACGUAUUGAGGAAGAAAACCAAAAGCUGCAAGGAGGGGAAAAAAAGCACCCCCUCUCCCAAGCUCCUAGCUGCUCAAAAAAUACUUUGUGUGAAGGAGCGAAGAAAUCAAUCCAGCCAGAGGUGCGUUCGGUCAAGGAAAAGCACAGUAGCAUAUUAAGUGAUGUGAAGAACUGCAAGCCUUUGAAUGCCUGUCAGCAAGAACAGCAAAGUGACUCCCUCAGGGUGACUGAGAACGUAUCCUUGUGUCCACGUAUAAAGGCAGUGAUAACAAUCGGUGACGAUGAAGAUGAAAGUGAUAUAGAGACUGACGGGUCCUCUGUGGAACCUGCUCUUAGAUUAGUGAAAGAGAAGGUGACUCUGAAAGAAACAGACUUCAUAGCAAGAGGGAGCUCUGGGAAGCUGUUGUUUAAACCGGUCCCGGUUGAGUCCAUCACUCCUGUGCAGAGCUCAGCAGGACUCUCUUCCAGAAAGGACGCCAGCCCACCCCCCGAUAAACUCUCUGGCUGCUCCUCCUCCUCCUUCUUGCAGGCUGUUCCUUCCAGGCCGCCUUUACAAUUCAUCGCAACAAUGCCUUCCCAUGAGGCGGCAGCAUCCAUAGCCACUGCUAAACCUCAGAAGCCAAGUACUUCAUGUGUGACGGGAGAGAAACGCUUUCAGGAGUCUCUAAAAACAAAAUACAAACUGAAUCUCGAUAAUAAACCAGGAAGGCCGGAUCUAAAAAACGUCAUAAUUGACGGCAGCAAUGUGGCCAUGGGGCAUGGGCUGCACAAAUACUUUUCGUGUCGUGGGAUCGCCAUUGCCGUUGAGUUCUUCUGGAAAUAUGGACACAGACACAUCACUGUGUUUGUUCCACAGUGGAGACAGAGAUACGAUCCCCUCAUUACAGAGAAGCAUUUCUUAGAAGAGUUGGAAGAGCUGGGGAUUCUGUCCUAUACGCCUGCUAGAAUGUUUUGUGGACAAAGAAUUGCGUCUCACGAUGACAGGUUCUUGUUGCACCUGGCAGAAAAAACUGGAGGAGUCGUUGUCACAAAUGACAAUUUAAGAGAAUUUGUAACUGAAUCCAAAGCAUGGAAACAAAUCAUAAAAGAAAGGCUUUUACAGUAUACAUUUGUUGGUGAUAUAUUCAUGAUACCAGAUGAUCCUCUUGGGAGAUUUGGACCCAGACUGGAUGAGUUUAUGCGUAAGGACUUAAGGCAUGUACCUCCACAAACACAGCUUGGACCUCCAGCAGCAGCAUCCACUGGACCUCCACAAGCUACAGGGCCUGGGCUUCAAACCCCCCCUCUCCGAGCGCAGAGCCCUGAUGAGCCUCCACGCAGAUCUGCCGCAGACACGGCAGACGCCAGGAAGCACCUCUAUAAUAUCUUCCCUCAACAAAGGCAGAAGAUUGAUCAGAUCCUGUCUGAGCACCCGCACAUGAGAGACCUGAAUUCACUGUCCUCGCUGGUGCUGGACCUCCAAGGACAACACGGGUAGCAAGCGCAGGAAGAAAGGCACGGACUGUUGCGCUUUUCUUUUUGUUGUGCGCUUGCGAGAGAACAAUGUAAAUUCAACUUUUGAGUUCGAAGUGGUUCGUGUUUAUUAGAAAAGGAAAAAUAUUUUGUUAAUGGGCUCCGCUUAACAGCUGUGUGUUCAAAAUGUGUAUAUUUUCUUCUAAUUAACAUUUAAUUUAUUGCAUAAGACUAGGUUUGUCAUUAAUCAUUGCGUUCCAAUGCUUGUUUCUUGCUGUUCAAAAGAAAAUUAUAUUCUUGCUGCUCUUUUUGUUAUAAACCAUGUUUAUUGUCUGUCCUUGUAAAAAAUGAACACACACCAUCUUGUACAUUUAAGUACCACACUCAUUGGGUACAAAAUAUUUUUUUUUACAUUUAGGGCAAACCCUUUCUAAUGAAAAACACUGGUUUCUUAUUUUUGUGUGUCUCAGAUUUGAACAGCUGCUGUUUUAAUUCAUUAUAGUGUUACUGAAAGCACUUCUUUGAACAACUCUACAGCUGUGGCCAAAAGUUUUGCAUCCCCCUGUAGAAUUAACUAAUUUAGCUUCGUAAAGUCGAAUGAAACCU